CUGGUCAGUCACCACAGACGGUGUGCUGUAAAUGGAUGAGACUUAUCACCUGUUCUCUCGUCCACUCAUCGGCAGUCAACCUGGAAGGGGAACUUUUCAAGGACUUGAUGAAGGGCUACAACAAGAACGUUCGACCCAUGGAGAAGAGUGGGGACAUCACUCGGGUCGACAUCAAGUUGACGCUCACCAACCUCAUCUCUCUGAAUGAAAAGGAGGAGGCCCUGACAACCAGCGUCUGGAUAGAAAUGCAAUGGUGUGACUACAGGCUCAGAUGGGACCAGCCGUCCAGGUCAGCUCUGUAUGGAAACAUCACCUCUGAGCUACGUGUCCCUUCCAAGAGCAUAUGGCUGCCAGACAUCAUACUGGAGAACAAUGUGGACGGUCAGUUCGAGGUUGCACUCUACUGCAAUGCACUGGUGUCUCCUAACGGCUGUGUGUACUGGCUGCCUCCUGCCAUCUACCGCAGCGCUUGCAGCAUCACUGUCAACUACUUUCCCUUUGACUGGCAGAACUGCACCAUGGUCUUUCGCUCGCAGACCUACAGUGCCAAUGAGAUUGAACUGGUUCUCAAACAGGAGGACAAUCACACACUGGAGUGGGUGGAUAUUGAUCCAGAGGCUUUCACAGAGAAUGGCGAGUGGGUCAUCAGACACAGGCCGGCUAAGAAAAUGAUCAACACUCAGUACACUCAGGAUGAGCUGGAGUACCAGGAGGUGGUCUUCUUCCUCAUCAUCCAGCGAAAGCCCCUUUUCUACAUCAUCAAUAUCAUCGCUCCCUGUGUGCUCUUCUCCUCCCUCGGCCUGCUUGUCUACUACUUACCUGGCAAAGCCGGCGGUCAGAAGUGCACAAUGUCUAUUGCAACUCUUCUCGGCCAGACUGUGUUCCUCCUCCUUAUCGCUAAGAAGGUUCCAGAGACUUCAAAGGCAGUGCCUCUUAUUGGAAAGUAUCUAAUGUUUGUGAUGUCAGUGACCACCAUGGUCGUGAUGAACUGUGUGAUAGUCCUCAACGUUUCCCUGAGAACCCCAAACACCCACAUAAUGACAGACAAAGUCCGAAAGAUCCUCCUUAACGUCCUGCCUCGACUGCUCAGGAUGCAGAUGCGACCCUGGACACCAAACCAUGACAACACCUCCGAAACUGAAAAUGGUGAAACCCUGACUACAGACAGGAACAAUGUGUUCUUGGUUCCCUGCCGACGUCGCAGCUCCAUGACCCUCAUCUCUAAGGCGGAGGAAUAUGUGAUGAAAACAGCUCGGUCAGAACUCAUGUUUGCCAGACUCAAAGAAAGAAAUGGAUUGAUGAAAUCAGUAUUAGAGAAGCUACAUGAUGGGCUGGAGGGCGGCACAGCUGAGCAGCUGGGUGCCAGUCUGGCAAAGGCCUCUCCACAGCUGAAGCAGUGUGUGGCAUCCUGCAAACACAUAGCUGAGACUGCACGGCAGCACAACAACUUCCAGAAUGAGAAUGAAGAGUGGUUCCUGGUGGCCAGGGUGAUCGAUAGGGUUUGCUUUAUUGUCAUGACGCUGGUGUUUUUUAUUGGCACUAUUGGGAUCUUCCUCAUGGGCCACUUCAACCAACCUCCCUCCUCACCUUUCCUUGGCGAUCCAAAGAAAUAUCUCCCUCUGUUAAACAAUCUCACUGACGUAACUGAGAACGGGAUAGGAGCAGACUUCCUCGGCUGAACCAAGAGGAUGUCAUUACAUUUCGUCACUUUAACCAAAGUGGAAAUCUGACGGCAUCUUGUCAGUGAUCUUUCACUAACAACUGGGACACACUGGGAGUGGAGAAGAUACAACUGUAUGUAUUUUCUGCAGUGGUGUCAGAUGCUAAUGUGGAUGUGUGCACUGUCACAGAGGUUAAGUCGGAUAUGCCCCAUCAUGGUGAUAAAUGAUCCACUGCGCGUGUGUGGAUGCCACGUUUGAUCCAUAAUGAUGCAAACUGGUGUCAGUUGUAAGUUUUAGUUACAGUUGAAAAAUGUCAAAGUCAGUGCUGUGUAACAAAAAAGAGAAACUUUCGUAGCUCUUCUUGUCAGCACAGUGUUUACUGCCAGUUUACCCUUUGCCCUGUGAGACUAUACAUGAGACACAGUGUUGAUCACACAUGUAACCAGUAAACAACUGAGGUGAUUUACAGCCACAUGUUCCAAAUGAAUGCUUUU